UAACCGGUGUAUCCCCUAACAGAAACAAGCGCUUCGUCUGCCACGGGAUGACGGGGAUGACGUCACACCGCCUGCGCUGUGUUUAUUAUGUGGGGUUUAGCAACUGCUAACUAGUGUUUAGCUCAGUCUUCAAACAUGCUCUGAGCUAGCUGCGGGCAGCAGGUGAGGAAGACAGAGAUGGCAGUGUGUGCACUGACCAUGUUGGACGGGAUGGAGGGGGAGGUCACAGCAGCAGGAGGUGUGCUGCUCCUGGUCCUGGCACUUGUCAUGGCUUGGCUCUCAACUCAUGUGGCCGAUCGCGGAGACCACAUACUGGGCACCAUCCUCACUGUGGGCGCUCACGCGUCUCUCAUCGGACUGGGGGGCCAUGACACUUACAGCGGAAGCUCUCCCAGCGCUGAUCCGCCUGAACAGCAGACUCCCCCACCGUCACAGGAAAACAAGUCGGAUGACGGUGAGCCGGGGGGUGAGAGAGGAGAGGGGGAGGAAGCAGAGGGAGUUAGGACAGAUCUUCUGCUGGACAUUCAGAGCAAGCAACCACAGGCUGAAAGACUGCAUAAUUCUGAUGAUGAGGAUGAAGUUGAUGAUGAAGAUGAGGAAGAGGAUGAUGAUGAAGAACUGGAAGAGCUGGAAGAGGGAAAUAAAAGUGUCAGAAAGUCUCUCCCUGUUUUGACCAGUACCAUCACCCCCACCACGACCACCAUGACUACAACUUCCAUUUCUGUACGACUUAAGUUCUUGAAUGACACUGAAGAGUUGGCUGUUGUCGAACCACAGGAUACAAUAGGAGAAUUAAAGAGUAAAUAUUUCUCAGGUCGGGAGCAUCAAAUAAAACUAAUCUACCAAGGCCAACUGCUGCAGGAUCCUAAGAAGACUUUGUUAGCCCUAAACAUCUCACAUAACAGCGUGAUCCACUGCCAUGUCUCCCCGGCUCUUCGCGAGGUCAGUCCAGAGGAGGGAGUCGAGUCUGGGGCAGGAGUCGGGUCAGGGGGAUUCAGAGCUGCAGGUGUGGCCAUUAGCACCAGCAGCCUGGUGGUUCCUGUGUUCGUGGUGGUACUGGCUGUGGUGUGGUACUUCCGCAUCAACUAUAGGCAGUUAUUCACUGCCCCUGCGACCAUCUCCCUGGUAGGAGUCACUGUGUUCUUCAGCUUUCUCAUAUUUGGGAUGCACAGCCGCUAAAAAGGCAGGGGGCACUCGCUUGUAAGCCGAAUGUUAUGUGGUAAAAAUAACCACAGUAGGUGGGGGGGUAUUUGUAGACAUGGACUAAUCAAAAAAGGCCUCUCUACAAAUGCAGGUGACUGGAGUGUAUGCGUGUAUGGGUGGUAAACUCAGCCUGUUUGCGCAUGUUCCAAGAAAAUGGGUGAUUGUACAAUAUAUGUGGGUAAAUAAUCUACAGUAAGUGAACAUCUGCUUUAACUGAACCAUAACUUAGCUUCUCUUCAAAAAUGACUUAGUGGAUCACACCACGUUUUAAUACUCUUGCUUUAUCUUGUCUGCUUUUUUUUUUUAAUUGUUAGUCCAGUUUCUGUGUUUAAAGAUAUAGAAAACCGGAUGAAUGCAAGAAUCUAUAUCUUCUGGAACCAUUCUCUGUUGUGCUGUGUGCCAGUUUGACUUUUUAACAUUACUUUGCAUUAUGUGAAUGAUUCAAGCGGUGUAGGCAAAUACAAACUAUACAGCUACGUCAAUGCUGUGCUCAGAAACUAAAAUAAUCCCUAGUCAUUAAAAUAAACCCUUUUUUUGAGAAGAUAUUGUAAAUAUACUGUAUUAUGUAUUUUCUGUAAAUAAAAAGAUCAAAUGAA